AUGGCACAACUUGCUCAAUCGGUGAGCAAGAUGGAGAAUCAAGGAAAGCUACCUCCUCAAACUGAAAAGAACCCAAAGCAUAAUGCUUGUGUAAUUAGCUUGAGGAGUGGAAAGAAAUAUGACGGCUCAAAGAUGCCCAAAGAAGAAGAAGAAGAGGAGUUGGUGAUAGAAGAACCACUAAAGAAGGAUGAAAAGAAAGAAGAAAUGGUGGAGAAAAAGAAGCCGGAAGAGAAAGAAGCAAAGAUCACACCACUACCUUUUCCAUCAAGAUUGAGAAGCAACAAAAAAGAGAGAGAAGAUAGUGAAAUCAUGGCAAUGUUCCGGAAAGUUGAAGUCAACAUCCCUCUCUUAGAUGCAAUCAAACAGGUACCUAGAUAUGCUAAGUUCCUUAAGGAACUUUGCACAUCUAAAAAGAAGCUGCGAGGUAAUGAGAUAGUGAAAGUAAGUGAAAAUGUGUCUGCAACUUUGCAGAAAAGGAUGCCCCCAAAGUGCAAGGAUCCAGGUGUUUUUACCGUUCCUUGCAAAUUGGGAAACUUGUAUGUCCCCCGUGCUAUGUUAGAUUUAGGUGCUUCAAUUAAUGUUUUACCAUACUCUUUUUAUAAAUCUAUUGGCAUAGGCACUUUAACAAAAACAGGGGUGAUCAUCCAACUUGCAGAUCGUUCUAUAGUACACCCAAAAGGUGUAUUAGAGGAUGUUUUGGUGCAAGUUAAUGAACUUGUCUUUCAUGCAGAUUUUUAUGUGCUUGAUAUGGGAGAUGAUGACCAUCCAUCUUCGAGUUCCAUACUUUUAGGUAGACCAUUCUUGAAAACAGCAAGAACAAAAAUUGAUGUCUACGAUGGUACAUUGUCCAUGGAAUUCGAUGGGGAUGUCAUCAACUUCAAUAUCUAUGAAGCAAUGAGGUACCCAAGUGAUGUUCAUUGCAUAAAUUUUGUUGAUAUAAUCCAACCUUUGACUGAAAAGUGCUUUGAGUUGACUAACCAUGAUUUGUUGGAGUUAGUUUUGAGCAGGAAUUUUGAUAACAAUUCAGUCAAAGAGAUUGCAGAAAAUUUCAAGUUAGAUGAAGAGUUGCUGGAAAUUGUGGAAAGCAUGGAAGAAAAGAAGAAAAUGAGGUAUGAAAAUAGCAAUGUGAAAUUGCCCAUUUCUAACACAAAACUUCUUCCUUCCGUUGUGCAGGCACCUAAGCUAGAGUUGAAGACUCUUCCAGAUCAUUUGAAAUAUGCGUACCUUGGGGAAGAGAAGACUUUGCCUGUCAUUAUCUCUAACAAGCUGUCCAUUGUAGAAGAAGAUGAGUUGGUGACUUUGCUAAAAAAAAGUAUCAGAAAGCUAUUGGGUGGACAAUUGCGGACAUAA